CGGAACGAGAACGGCUACUUUGCGCGGCCAACAGCUACUGGAAGGGGUGACGUGUUUUGCCACAUAUUUUGGGGAGUUUGGGUGUCGCCCGGUUCCCGUAGACGAUCGACCGGGACAGCUGGGUAAAUAGUGCCGCGAACCGUUAAAUAACCACCCCGCCCGCAUCGUCGGCGUACGGAAGGAGCACGAGAUGGAGAACGAGCAGGUAGAAGGUGACACGCUGGCGCAGGGACAAACCCGGGAGCAGCCCGUCCGCAGCGCCAGCCAGCAGCAGCAGCAGCAACCGAAUGAGAUUGCGGCCGCAAACGUGCGCUCCAGCUUGGCCGAAAUCGAAACACAAACGUCGCAUCUGCUGAACCGACUGGAGAACGUACGGAACACGUCACAGAAGCGGGUGACGGGCGAACAGGCGCUGACGGUGCCGUCACCGUCGCAGCAACCGUCACUGCCGCCGGCGGGUACAUCGGAGGGUGACCGGCCAUCACAGCGAUCGCGGAAUGACGGACCACCGAAGCGGACAACUGCCGAGGUGAUGGACCUGUUGGAGCGGCUGCUGCUCCGCUCGGUCAGCAAUGGCAGCACGGUUGACGAGGAGGAGCAGGACGAGUACGUUCUGCCACCGCUGGACGAGGUGUCCCAUUUGGCCGUGCUGCAGCAUGCCACCACCGCCUACCUGUGCUCGCUCGAGCGUCAGCAGCUCGUCCGGGCUGCCGCCCGUCUCGCAUCGGACGCGCUCAGCUGGCAGGCGUCGCUGUUCAAAUUCCCCAUUGCGUACGGCACCGGCUACUAUCGGGACGAUGGCGAGUGCGUGCUGCAGGCACUGCGGAUGGCACUGGUCAACCAGCUGAACGACAAUCGGCUGCAGCGCGUGCAGAGCGCCGCCAUCUAUCUGUCGGAGAUGGGGCACAUGUUCACGAUGCAGCACGCCUGCCGGUACCUCGGUCUGCCCAUCGCCUGCAUCCGGGUGGUGCCGUGCGUCAGGACCGGCGAUGCGGCCGGCCAAAUGGAUCUCGAAGAGCUGGAACGGCACAUAACGGGCGACGUGGCGGACGGGUGGCAGCCACUGUUUGUGAUGGCCACUGCCGGUUCCCCGAUAACGGGCGCAUCCGACAACAUUACGCUGCUGAGCGUGAUUUGCGCUACGCACAAGAUUUGGCUGCACUGUCAGGGGAACGGGCUGGCCGCCUUCGCCCUCUCCGACCACUUCACACCAAACCCCAAAACUAUGCCCACCUCCUUGACGCUCAGCCUCAACAGUUGGCUGGGCGUGUCCGGCCUGCCGACGGUGCUCGUCUACCAGCCGUCCCGCAACCGUGUGUCGACGUUCUUCGACAACGAUCCGGUGACGGCAAAUCGCAUCAACUGUCUCGGUACCUGGUCCGCGUUGCAGGUGCUCGGCAGUGACGCGAUCACGGACCGCAUCUUUGCCGCGUUCGACUCCUGCCGAUCGCUGUGCCAGCUGCUGCACGAAAUCGAAGGAAUAAGUGUGCUGAGCAAGGUGCUGCCGGGGGGCUCGAGCGAGGAGUAUCGAGCCAUGCUCGCCGGUGCAACCAGAUAUAAUGAGCUGUUCACACUGGGUGUGCCGACGGUCGUGUUUCAAUUUGAUGGGCGCAGCGCGGUAUCGGGCGAACAGCAGCCAGCAGCGGAGCCGCACCCUUCGUUGGUCUCUUCGCCCAACGACACUGCGGAGGCGUGCAUCGAAAAGACGGCCGCCAAUGCGGGUUACUACGACCGGCUCAACACCUGGCUCGGCCAGAUACUGAUGCGUGACUGUCCACCGCUGGCGCUCGAACUGAUUGAACACGAGAAUAAUGGAAUCUGCCUGCGUUACUAUCCGUUCCUGCCCGGCUACGGUGAGCAGUUGGUCGGGCGGGUACCGAAGCUGCUCAGUGAGGCCGGCCAGUGUAUUCGCACGCAGUGUGACAUCCUGCAUGCUACCAUCCAACACCGGGUGCGCUUCCACCGGUUGGUCGAAGCGAGCGGCUCGCUACGCCCGAUCGAACUGCACGACUGGGCCGGGCUCGGUGGGGUGCAGUACGUGCCGGAGGGCUGGGACGCGAUGCUCACCGAUCAGACCAAGGCCGAGCUGAACAAGCUCAACUCGGCCCUGGUCGAUGAGCUGCAGCAGACGGAUGGUGCGUUUUCGCUCGGCGAGAGCAGUGAUGGGCUGAUCUGCGUCCGGUUCGGCAUGGUGACGAGCGAGACGGAUAUCGAGGAGCUGCUGGAUCUGGUGGUCAGCACUGCCCGGUCGAUACAAGAGCAUUCCAAGAUCCUGGACACGAUGUCGGAGAUUCUGAAGAAGGGCAUCGAGGCGGCAACGAUGGACCUGCAGCGCGAGGCAGAGGAAAAGCUGUGGCAGGAGGGUAUCCUGCGGCAAGUGCCGCUGGUUGGCCGGGUCGUGAACUGGUGGUCGCCGGUUGCCAAGGAAACUGGCAUGAAGGGUCGCAGCCUCAACCUAACGCAGGGCGUCGUCGAGAGCACGGAAAACAUCUACAAAUACCAUAUGCAGAUGACACCGAAGACGUCGACUGGGCUGGGUGGCAGCAAGGGACCACCGGCACCGCUGGUGCAGAAGCCGAUCGGUGUGAUCGCCGACGACACCCAGCCGUUCCAUUCGGUCAACGCUAGCUCGAGCACCGAGCAUUCAAGCAGCGGUAGCAACAGCAACAUUCCACCGGCUCUUACCAAACUGGUCCCAUCACCAACGUCGAUGCUAGCGGGCAUGGCCAAACCGGAUGCGAUGGAACACACGGCGGUUCAAGGAGGAGGAGAAAAAGGAGAAGAUGGUGGCACAGCGGUGGCCGGUGGUGGUGGUGCGGCAAAAGAAACGUAAAUCGCAGAAUGGAACCGCGCACCCCCUUGCAGCAGCAGCAGCAGCAGCAGCAGCAGCAGCAGCAGUGACACUGAUCAGCAAUAAUUGACCGUUUUUACCAAAGCAUCUGAUCAGCAAUAAUGAACCGUUUUACGCAGUUUAACCGAAUAUGCAUUAUUUGUUGAGUUGAACGUAGAAUUGCAGAAAGGAAUUGGCCUGUAGGAGGAACAAGAGAGGAAUUAUAUCUUCUGGAAAGAAGGAAAAGGAUAAGGAAGCAAGGAGCAGGUUAUUCUAGGGCUAGUAGGGAGCAAAUGGGCGUGCGUUGCGUACAGUUGUCGGUCGCUGAGACCGACGCAGUUGGCGGUCGAGAGUGAAGUUGGUGAAUGAGUAGCGCUACAAGCAGUUAGAAAGUGGUGCAGGUCUGACUCGUGCACAACCACCACAGACACACACACAGACACACAGACACUUUGCGUAUUUCACCUGUAAUUCAAAAGCACGGUUCACGGAGCCCUAUUACCACUACUCCUCCCCCCCCGGUAGCUGCUGUGUUCCGUUCUGUCCGUUCUCAUUCACGCCGGUCAUGGCAGCAGAGGAUGGGGUGGCUGGCCGCUCACGCACUCAAAUCCUUCCGCCUACUCGUUCACCUGUUACUACACGGAAUAUGUAAAUAACGCGAAUAAACGUCUUAAUGCCUUCGCGAGAA